UGUAGCAUCACAAAACACUUAAGCAUGCUGUGCCAAUGGUAGUGCUCAGCGUUUUAAAAUCGAAACGUGAUCAGUUUUUGCAUCGACCGUGGUCCCACAGCGACCACCCAGCCCUGGCAGGUUCAGGUCACAAGUCCUUGGGGCAUGGACAGCCUUCUUGCGCUCUUGCGUGCCUUGGACAAGCCUACAUAAACGCGAAUCAAGUAUAAAGAAGUGGCGGCAUGCCACGCCAGCCACGCACUCGGAGAUGGUGUCCUUGUUGAAAACAUGUUUGACAUUCCCUAUGUCAAACCUAAUCAGGCUGGACCAGAACUGACUGCUUUCAUGGCACGUGUCUGCACAGAAGUAAAAAGGAUACUUCCUUCUUUGCCCUGUGGUGUACAAAUACUUGCUGGAAAUAAUAAAAGUGCACUAGCAGUUGCAGCAGCCGCAGGUUUCCAGUUUGUGCGUGCUGAAGGCUUCGUGUUUGGGCAUGUGGCAGAUGAAGGUAUUAUGGAAUCCUGUGCAGGCGAGCUGCUGCGCUACAGACGCACUAUUGAUGCCCAGGACAUUCUUGUGUUCGCUGAUAUAAAGAAAAAACACUGUUCACAUGCAAUUACAAGUGACAUCAGUGUCCUGGAAACAAUGAAAGCAGCUGAAUUCUUUCAGUGUGAUGGCAUCAUCCUGACUGGAGGUGCUACAGGCCUGCCACCCAGUGUCACUGAACUGCAAGAGGGAAAAGCGGAAGCAACAGUGCCCAUAUUGCUUGGAUCAGGAAUUACAGAGAGCAACAUUCAAGACUAUUUUGCAGCAGAUGCAGUGAUUGUGGGAUCAUCGUUUAAGCAUGGAAAUGUCUGGAGUGGCACACUGAAUGGCCUACAGGUACGGGCAUUCAUGGAAAAGAUACACAUGUUACGUCAAACAUUAUAGGCAUCUCAACUCUGCAGAAUUUAAUUAAACACAGAAUAAAUGAAGACAGCUUUGUACUGGGAUGUGGCAUAAAUAAAAGUUUUAAUUUCUUUCUUUC